AUGCUGCGCUACCAGGCGUCCGUGUACGGCGAUUCUUACGGGAAUGAUUAUCAUUCACCCGUACAGGGACCAUCAAAAAUCGCUUCGUCCAUCGGACUCCGGUCGCAGCAGAGUAAGGUAAUCAAACGACCUCUGACAACAUACAAAAGUAUACCAGCAUGUCGAUUAGCUCCACGACGUCGUCUAUUCGUAGCGGAAGGUACUGGUGUGCAGAAGUCAAUGACGAGUAGUUCAGGAGUCACAUUUCCACCACCAGAUUAUAUGAAAAAGAUGAAGGAGAAUUAUGAGAGUGGAAAGAUUAUAUAUAUACGCCGGAAUGGUGGGGUAAAAGGACAGUCAAUUCCGGGGAGACUCACAACGAUAAACACUUCUAUACGAGCGCCAUCAUAUCAUGCAACAUCAAUGUCUUCUGGAAGUGUAACACUUGACACCAGUGGAAGUGCUCCUAAGUACGUGUAUCGCUUGCCAAAACCAGAAUUUGGAUCAAAGUUCGAUGAAAACCGUCCUACUUCUAACAUGUAUGUACCUGCUCAGGAGCCUCCAAAACAACAUUUCACAACAGUACCAGCAUGUAUGUCGAUGGGAGGGGAGGUAGUUUUUGAAGAAGAGGUUGACGAUGAAAUCGCCGAUCUUGGAGCUGAUGAGCUGACUGGAGAUGGUUUCAACGCCGAUAAAUCACCGAAGUCAGAAUCUCCUGAUCCAUAUUUAAAAUCUUCCGGUCCAUUGGUGCAGCCAUCUUCAACAUUGAAGUCACCCAAUUACAAUAUCCUUCAAAGGAAUCGGUUACCUGGAUCACGGUUUGCGUGUCCGCAACCAGAUUGUUACUGGCGUGGUGCAAACGAAAUGUCGAUGAAAAAACAUAUGUUAGUGCAUGGACAAAAACAGCCCGUUAUGUACGACAAGGCAGGAGAAACGAUGAAAGUUCAGCUUGUUCAACCAAAACCGAAAGGAGUGAAAUGUAGUGAAUGUGAUACGUUUGCGUAUUCUCGGCCUCUUCUUCUUCGACAUAUGUAUGAUUCACAUGGAAUUGAAGCUCCCCUUGUGAAACGAACGUUUGCUAACAGAGAGAUGUUACAAUCAUGGCUCGAUUCUCUCCGUGAAACACAUGCAGUUGAAUUCGUGGUGUCAUCUGGAUCGAAGAAAUGGGGGCGCGGUCUUCAGGUUCACUAUUUGACUUGUUCGAGAAGCGGAGAUCAGAAAGAACGACCGAACAAAAAAUACGUUCGACCACCACGACCCUCAAUAAAAUGUGGAAGAAACUGUAUGGCGUAUCUCAAAAUAAAACAGAAUCCGACAGUUUCCGAGCUCCAAAUUGAAGGAUGUCUGCAUCACAGUGGACACGAAAUUGAUCACACCAGAAUGGUUCUGGAACCAAAUGAGCUGGCCUCAAUAGGACUCCUUGUAGAUGCAGUUAAUGAAGGUUUAGACGUUUUAGGGAACGUUGAAACUAUUCGAAGUUAUCUUGGUUCUUCGGGUCGCUUCCGUCUUGUAACCGAUAACGGACUCAUCGAGCAAAUGCCAAUCUGGUUCGAACAGUAUCAUCGUGAUGUUUCUUCUUAUAAUGGAAGUGGUUACCGUGAUUCUGGGCCAUUACACGGUAGCUCAUACUUGUCAUCGAUGCCGAUAAAACAUCCAAUAAACGGAAAUCGGAGAGUUCAAUAUUCGGGAAUCAAUAUAAAGAAAGAGUUAGACGCAAUUGCAACGAAGGCGGCUGUGCCGAUUCGUUUUAGUGGUGGACAACUUCAAAAUGUUCAGCUCAAUCCGGAAAAUCAGGAGUACGACGAAAGCGUUAGUUGUAGUUAUUAG